CCUUUGUCCGGCACAGGCGGCGGGGCCGGAGCGGCCGGAGCGCGGCCGCGUCCCGUGCCCGGUGUCCGUCCGUGUCCCGCGUCCGGCCCUGUCCCCGUGCCCUCGUCCCCGUGAUGACUCUGGAGGAGCUGCCCGGGGAGCGCCGCGCCGCCGGGAGGAUGGAGCAGGCGGGGGACGCGCUGGAGGAGGUGCUGAGCAAGGCGCUGAGCCAGCGGAGCCUCACCCUCGGCGUCUACGAGGCGGCCAAGCUGCUCAACGUGGACCCCGAUAACGUGGUGCUGUGCCUGCUGGCGGCCGAGGAGGAGGAGGCGGGGGACGCGGCGCUGCAGAUCCACUUCACUCUGCUGCGGGCCUUCUGCUGCGAGAACGACAUCAACAUCCUGCGCGUCAGCAACCCGGCGCGCCUGGCGCAGCUGCUGCUGCCCGCCGCGGGCCCCGACCCGCCCGCGGACCUGCACUGCGUGCUCGUCACGAACCCGCAGGCCUCGCAGUGGAAGGAUCCAGCGCUGAGUCAGCUGAUGUGUUUCUGCCGGGAGAGCCGGUACCUGGACCAGUGGGUGCCGGUGAUCAACCUCCCGGAGCGGUGACCCCGAGCCCGGCCCCAUCCCGCUGGAGUGGUGCAAGACUUUCGCAGUUGCUCAGGAAGGAACUCCCUGUCCCGGCUCCAGGAUUCCGGGGGGUGGGGGGGGGAGGAAAAAUAAAACCCAACAACAACAAAAAAAAUAUAAAAUUAUAAAGCUAAAACUGACGUCGGGGGGGGUUUGGCUGCAGUGGAGCGAGGCGUGGGACUGGAGCCGAGCGAUGCCGAGUGUGGGAGCCAAGGAAAACAAGGGAUGAGCCCAGCCCGACGUGCCCGGGGUGCCCUCCCGAGAACACCCCUCACUCUUUCUGUCCUUAAGUGCCACUUAAAGUUCCUGCUUUAAACACCUUAACGAGCAAACAAGGUUAAUCGAGGCCUUUUGCCAGCAAUGUUGUUGUAUUUUUGGGAUGGUAAUUCUCACGUUUUUAUGCUAAGAUAUAUAAUAAUAAUAAGUUAUUUUCUGAUAUUGAUGGAGAAAUUAUUUAUACUUGGAGGUUUGAGAACCGAAAUGCCCUCAAGCAGUUGGUCUGCAACCACGAAUCUUCUCCCAGCUGGCUGCAAGAGCAGCGCCAUUAAUAUAAUUGUUUGAAAUUCGAGUGUUUUCUGGGGUUAUGGUGUUCUUGUUUUGUGUUUUCUUUUUUUUGAAAUAAAGUGUAAAAUCAAA